CAUUUAUCAUCAUGAAAUGUCGGUGUAAGGCAAAGCGUACUGGUAAAAUUGGACAAAGUGUACAUCCGAAAGUUUCAUUCUUUGGCCUGUUUCGAUAUGCUAGUAAGACAGAUAUAUGUGCGCUAGUUGUAGCGUGCAUUUGCGCUGUAGCAGUUGGCGCCGCAGUUCCACUUAACAUAUUUAUUUUCCGAGGAGUUGUGAACGAAUUUACUGAAGGGGACGUUGUUGCACAAAACGUAUACGGGUCUGUAAAAUGGUUUGCUAUUUUGGGAGCUUCAAUGAUUGUCGUUUCAUUUAUGCAGGACUUUUGCAUUAAUAUUUCCGCUAGCAGGCAGAUCAACCGAAUUCGCCUAUUAUAUUUCAAAGGUAUUUUGCGACAGGAUAUUGCAUGGUAUGAUGACCACUCAUCUGGAUCACUGAUUAGCAAACUCUCCCAGAAUAUUGAGCUCAUUGAACGUGGAAUAGGAACGACGCUCGCAGGCUUUAUAAAAUACAUAUCAGGCUUCAUAGUAGGCAUCAUAAUAAGUUUUACGGUGGGAUGGAAACUCACUCUAGUUGCUUGUGCCAUGUUGCCUUUUAUUGCUGGAGUUUUUGGAUGUUUCGGUUUCAUUAUGAAAUAUUUCACUGUUAAAGAAAUAGCUGCAUAUGCACGGGCAGGUGCAAUUGCUGGUGAAGUUUUAGAAUCUAUACGUACUGUUAUCGCAUUUGGUGGUGAGCAGAAAGAGCUAGCAAGAUAUAGUAAACAGCUAGUAUUUGCAGAAAAGGUUGGACUAAAAAAGUCGACGGCGACUGGUGGAGUAACUGGUGCUGUAGGAUUAGUCAUUUUUUGUUCUUCUGCAUUGAUAUUUUGGUAUGGUAUUAAAUUAAUGAUAGACGAAAACUAUAAUUCAGGAUCUGUAAUAUUGAUUUUUAUAAAUGUUCUAUUGGGAAGUAUUUUUCUUGGCAAUGCUCUACCAAGUUUUCAAUAUUUUAUGAAUGCACAAGCAUCAGCUGCUGAAAUUUUUGAUACUAUUGAGCGUAUCCCUCAAAUUGAUAAAGACCACCGUGGAAAUCUUGUUCCAAACUUUUCUGGGAAUGUUACAUUUAAGAAUGUUUCUUUUGUAUAUCCAAGUAGACCAAAUAUUACUAUUUUAAAAGAUUUUAGUCUAACUAUAAAAAGUGGUCAAACUGUAGCUUUGGUUGGACCAAGUGGUUCCGGUAAAAGCACCAUUAUUCACAUGUUACAAAGAUUGUAUGAUCCUGUAAGCGGUGAGAUACUGAUUGAAGAGGAGAAUAUCAAAAAUUUGGACCUAAAAGCCUAUCGUAAUCAAAUUGGCUGUGUACAACAAGAACCGGUGCUAUUUGAAGGAACUAUCAGGGAUAAUAUAAGGUUAGGAAAGCUUGAUGCAACUCAAGAUGAGAUAGAAGAAGCUGCAAAGCUUGCAAAUGCUCAUGAGUUCAUUCGACAGCUCCCAGAUGCAUACGACACUUUUGUUGGUGAACGGGGCGGCGGAAUGUCAGGUGGUCAGAAACAACGUAUAGCAAUUGCUCGAGCUUUGAUUAGAAAACCAAAGUUACUGCUGUUGGAUGAAGCAACAUCAGCUCUUGACACUAAGUCUGAACGUGUUGUUCAAAUGGCUUUAGACAAAGCAAGUGAAGGAAGAACUGUUGUGGUUGUUGCUCAUCGUCUAACAACAGUUCGUAAUGCAAAUUUGAUAAUUGUUCUUGAUAAAGGAGUGAUUCGAGAGUCUGGAACACAUGAAGAACUUGUAUGUCAAAAUGGCCUUUAUGCUGCGAUGCUUAGUAAUCAGAGAAAAUUGGAAGAUGCUGAGAACGAAGAAGGGAAAUUAUUAGUUGAGGAACAAUCUAGAAAUAAUCAUAUUGUCAAUGGAAAAGAUUUGUCGAUCAAAUUAAACGAUAGUAGUAAAAUUGAUAGUGAUGAAGAUAAUAUAUCUGAAACUACUGAAGGCAUUUCUCAUAGGAAUUUUUCAUCAAUGUCAACAACUACUUCAGUUCCACAUAAUCAAAAUAAAAGGAUCAAACUGUCUCACAUAUUAAGAAUUUUAAAACUUAACAGACCUGAACUACCACUAAUCUUUCUAGGAUGUAUUUGCUGUUUGAUCAGUGGGAUCACUCAACCAGCUUUUGCUAUUUUAUAUACUGAAAUGUAUAGCAUAGUUUCUUUGCGCUCUAAUCCAGAUCUGAUGUUUAGCCGACUCACUUUUAUAUGCUGGAUGAUGGUGUUGAUUGGCUUUCUACGUUUCAUAGCUGAUGUCAGUCAGAGCUUCCUUUUUGGAAAAUCAGGCGGUUUACUAGUUAGCCGUAUACGAUCAAAACUUUUUGAAAGGAUUCUCAAUCAAGAAGUAGGUUGGUUUGAUAAACCAGAAAAUCAAGUAGGAGCAUUAACUGCAAAAUUAGCUAAUGAUACAACAAAACUCACCAUGAUUUCAGUUUCUUUUAUCUAUAGUUGGCAGUUGACACUGCUCAUAUUGGCUUUCUAUCCUUUAAUUGUAAUUGGAGGAUUUCUUCAGAUGAGAACACUUUCAGGAAGUAAUAAUUAUCGGAACGCUUAUGAAUCAAUGAAAAUUGCUCAAGAAGCCAUUAGUUCAAAUAAUACAGUUACUGCAUUUACACUAGAAGAUUAUUUUUUCAAACGUUUUAAAUUUCAUUCAUUUGAAAAUCUGAAAAAUAAUUUGAAAACAAUAUUUUCCAAUGCUGUUAUAUAUGCUAUUGCAGAAAGUGUGUUAUUGUUCACAGUAGCGGCUGCAUAUUCAUUCGGUGCAUAUUUAGUUUCAACAAAAGCUAUAACAGUUGUAGCAGUAUUCAGGGUUUUUGUCAUAAUGCAUUUAAGUGCUCAAUUUCUUGGUCGUACAGCUUUAUUAGUAUUAAGUACUAAACCAGCUAGUUCAGCUGCACAAUGUAUCUUAGAAAUUCUAGAUAGACAAUCAUUAAUUUCAACUAAUACAGGAAUUAUACCAAAUGAACAAUUCAAAGGAAAAAUUCAAUUUAAAAACAUUGAUUUCAAAUAUUCUAGUGAAAUUAAACGAAGAGUUAUAAAGAACUUUUCACAUACUAUUCAACCCGGUAAAACAGUCGCAUUAGUUGGACCAUCUGGUUGUGGCAAAUCAACCUUGCUUCAGUUAGUAAUGAGAUUUUACGAUCCAGCAUUUCAUGGUUUCGAUAGUGGUAUCUUUUUUGAUGAUAUGAAUAUAAGAAAUGUUGCACCUCGUUGGGUUAGGCAGCAAAUUGGCCUUGUUUCACAAGAACCAACUUUAUUCGAUCUCACUAUCAGAGAGAAUAUUGCAUAUGGAGACAAUACUCGAGAAGUGACUAUGGAUGAGAUUAUUGAAGCAGCACGUGCAGCUAAUAUUCAUGAUUUUAUUACAACUCUUCCAGAACAAUAUGAAACUAAUGUUGGACAACGUGGAUCAAAGUUAUCUGGUGGACAAAAACAGCGAAUUGCCAUAGCUAGGGCAUUAGUUCGUAAACCUGCUUUACUUCUUUUAGAUGAAGCUACUUCAGCUUUAGAUAAUGAAAGUGAACGUAUUGUUCAAGAAGCACUUGACGCUGCAAUGGGAUCAAGAACAUCAUUAGUUGUUGCGCAUCGUUUGUCUGCAGUUGUUAAUGCUGAUCUAGUAGUAGUAUUACAAGAUGGACGUAAGAUAGAAUCUGGACCACCAGCACAACUCUUAGAAAUGAAAGGUGCCUUCUAUGCUUUACAUCAUGUGGAGAAUGAAACCAUUUGA